CCAAAACGCAGAGCAGAGUAUAGAACAAAUCGCUAUUUUCCCUCUAAAAGCUAAACGAUUCAAAACAAAAACUCGCGAAAAUGAGUACUAUGAAAUUUUGCCGAGAAUGUAACAAUAUUUUGUAUCCUAAAGAAGACAAGGAGCAGAAGAUCCUCCUUUAUGCUUGCCGUAAUUGUGAUCAUCAGGAGCCUGCUGAAAACAAUUGCGUGUAUAGAAAUGAGAUACAUCAUUCUGCUGCGGAGCGCACACAAGUGUUGCAGGAUGUAGCAGCAGAUCCAACUUUGCCUCGUACAAAAUCUGUUCGAUGUUCUCAAUGUGGUCAUGGAGAAGCAGUUUUCUUCCAGGCAACUGCAAGGGGAGAAGAAGGUAUGACACUCUUCUUUGUUUGCUGCAACCCGAAUUGUGGACACAGGUGGAGAGAUUGAGAUCACAUUCAGAGUUAUGGUGGGUGCAGUGUUAGUUAUUGACGUAUUUGAAAAAACUGAUUCUGACCUAAACUGCAACUGUUCAUCAUCUAGUGUAUGUAAAAUGUAAUGAAUCUUGUCUUGUGUUGGAUUGGAACACAUGGUAUUACUCAGCGAGAUUCUAAAGACUCGCAUGCUCCCUAAGUUUCUGUUAACCAAGCUCUUAUCGCGUUUUCUUAAAGAAGUGAAAACUGCUGUUACGCUGAAUAGCUGAACUGUGGAGUAAUACUAAUGUUUCUGGCUUUAGAACAUUAUCUUGGUGUUCCCAUUUUUUGAAGAAUUUUAGUUACCCUGUUUCUUGUGUAUCA